UAUUGGUAUUAAGUUGGCGCCCAAGUUUAGGCCUCUAGGGUUAAUUUUCUUUCCUCUGCCGCCCAUUCUCUCCAAGUCUCCAUCUUCACCUCGCUGCCCACCUCUCAUUCUCUCCAUCUGUCUUGAUUUUGGUUGUUAUGUAGAGAGAUGGAUAGAAGAAAUCAAGGAGAGGAAUAAGAAGAAAGAAGAAGAUAAGGAGGCGAAAGCCUCAAGCUUUUGUGGGUUUUUCAUUUCUACGUUACUUCUCCCCCGUUUCUGCAGAGCUCUAAUUUGUAAUGAAGAAGCUCCCACCUAUCCUGAGAAAGCUUCAAACCCCUCAACCAACACCCCCUUCUCCAUUGCCCAAUGCAAUUUUGCCCCCUUCUCCUCAAACCCCUGUGGCCCCUCUUCUCAAUUUAUCCUUCUCUUCUCCGCACCAUUACAAUCAACUCCUCCAUUUCCUCAAAUCCCACCUCACAUUUCCCUUCACACCUAAUAGUCUCCUGCAUUUUCUCAAAUCCAAGCUUCAUUUUCACCCCAAAUUCACCCACUACGAUUUCCAUGUCUUCAAUUGGGCUUCCACUAUAGAUUCCUUCCGCCAUGAUCACUCUACCUUUGCGUGGAUGGCCAGGACCCUCGCGACCACAGAUCGUUUCUUUGAGCUCACGUCCCUUCUUAGGUUCUUGGCCUCCUCUCCUUGCCCCUGCUCUGAUGGUAUUUUCUCUUGCCCUCAAACAGAAUCCAUUUUUCAAUUUUCCAUUAGUGCCUAUUGUAGAGCUAGGAAAUUUGAUGAGGCUGUUUUUGCUUUCGACUCCAUGAGAAAAUUGAUUGAUGGGAGGCCUAGUGUUGUGGUCUAUAAUAUUUUGAUCAAUGGGUUUGUGAAGUCUGGUAGAUUUGACAAGGCCUUGGGGUUUUACAGUAGGAUGCUUAGUGACCGGGUUAAGCCUGAUGUGUACACUUUUAACAUUUUGAUUAGCGGGUAUUGUCGCAAUUCACAGUUUGUACAGGCUUUAGAGUUGUUUAAGGAGAUGAGGGAAAAGGGUUGUAGCCCAAAUGUAAUAAGUUUCAAUACACUGAUUAAAGGGUUCUUCAGGGAGAGGAAGUUUGAGGACGGGAUUGCCCUGGCUUAUGAGAUGAUUGAACUGGGAUGCAAAUUCUCUAGUGUCACCUGUGAAAUUUUAAUGGAUGGGCUCAGUAGGGAAGGCAAGAUUUUUGAGGCAUGUGAAAUUUUGCUUGAUUUUUCGAGGAAGCAAGUAUUGCCCAAGGAUUACGAUUACUAUGGCGUUGUUGAAAUGCUUUGUGGCAAAGGGAAUGCAGGCAAAGCCAUGGAAGUUGUUGACGAGCUGUGGAUGGAAGGAAAUGUUCCCAGCUUCAUUACUUCCACCACUUUGAUAGAUGGACUGAGGAAAGAGGGGAGAGUGAAUGAUGCAAUGAAUGUAACAGAGAGAAUGCUUGAAGUAGGUAUGAUUCCCGACAGUGUGACUUUUAACUCCCUUCUUCAAGAUCUAUGCAAUGUGAGAAAGACUGUGGAAGCUAAUAAGUUGAGAUUGUUGGCUUCAAGCAAGGGGUUCGAACCAGACAACAAAACAUACUACACUUUAGUUUCUGGUUACACAAUGGAAGGCAACAAGGUGGAAGGGCAACGGCUUGUGGAGGAGAUGUUGGAUAAGGAGUUUAUACCUGAUAUUGCAACAUACAAUAGAUUAAUGGAUCGGUUGUUGAAUACGCAUAAGAAAAGAUCAAAGUUGGUAACGUAAUGGUGAAACAAGCAUGAAGUUGAGACGAUUGCUUCUCUUGUGCUAUAUAUGAUUGCAGAUUCCCUUAGUGAUUUAUCUACCAUGGUUCAUCUUAAGAAUGUAAUCCAAAGCCCAUUUAUGAAUGGCGCAAUAUGGGCCCGUUUAUAAUUCCAACACUUCUCAAAUUUCUAAAAAUCUUGAUUACAUUCCAGCCUCGGAUGGAGGUGGCGGUAAUUAUUGAAGCAUCUAAGUUUGCACAAUCUAUAUUGAUAUCUGCUCAACUCUAGCUUGACAUUGCAAAACUUGGAUAGAAUGUUCCAGUGGAUGGUUUAGGACCGAAAUCAAGAACACGAGCAUUGCAUAAGUACCUGAUGAUUCAAGAAAGCAGAAUAUUUCUGAUUUUGGUGUAUGGAUAUUCUCACAUGUUUGAAGCGGGGACUUUCAUGUCCUCAUUAAAGCCUUGUUACGAGAACAAUUGUGAGUAUUUGCCUCUCCUAGUCGUUCCUCUAAGCGAAUAUAUCAGUUGAAGUGAUUCAUUUGUAUUAUGAUCUAAUUGUACUUUAUUUAUCUCAUUUAAGAAUCAAAUCAACACAUCAAUAAUUGUAUUAUUCAUACACAAGGCUUAUUAGAAGAUUAUUGAAGAGAAGACUACUCUUCCUUUUAGAUCCAGAGAAGAUUCAAUCUUUCUUGAUCCAAGAACAAGCUCGGUAGCUCUUGAAUGAAAGUUUAAAGAUUAGAGAGAGAAAACAUUGCAAAAAAAAUUAUAUCAUCGAUUAAAGUUCUUAGAAAAUGUCAUGUUGUAGGUGAGGCUUGACUUCUGAUAUAAAUGUCAAAAGAAAAGGAAAGAAAAGUUGAUUAGAUUGUUUGAACCAACUCA